UGACGGGGGGGAAGUGCAUGCCCACUUCCCCUUCCUCUUUGCCCCGGGACCUUCACUCCGGUGGAGGCCUUGGGACAGUCAGAUACCCCCGCUCAACUCGGGUGCGGAGGGCAGCUCUGAAAAUGUCUCUGCGGGUUCCUACGUGGGGCUGAGCCCCCCGAGUGGCGUUGGGCGCGGCCAUUCCUCGCUCGGGUCAGAGCUGUCAGCCUCUCCAAGACCCGCAGUGGAGGAACCAGGACUGGCCUAGCAGGCUCCAGGUAAUACCUGGGCCAGCGGGUUCACCUGCCUGCUGCCGGCCGCCGGAAAUUACGCAAACGCGUGUUACCUGAGCCCCAGGUGGGCCGGGCCAGAGGAGUUCAGCGUAGCGGCGCGGGCGCGGCCAGCCCCUCAUUUAGGGGCCAAGCCAACGCGGGCUCAGAGAGGGGCGGCGAGCAGCCAAAAUCACACAGCGUAACGCCAGGCUUGCGGCCUCCUCUGCGCUUGGGAGUCCCCAAGAUUGCCCCGAAGUGGAGAAGGGCAGAAAGCAGACCGCCGUUGCCUGCGUCCAGCUGCCAACUUUCUGCCUGGAUCUCUGUCUCCUCAUUUCUCCAGUCUCCUCAUACAGAAGCCUUUGGGGUAUGUAACAGCCAUGCCUGUGGACACACUGUCUCCCGGAGCCAGGGACACCCCUUCCCUACCUUUCCGCCUGCGGACCAAGGUCCCGGGCUAUCUGCUACGGAGACCAGCAGAUGGUGGAGCUCGGAAACCUAGUGCUGUGGAGCGCCUGGAGGCAGACAAGGCCAAGUAUGUCAAGAGCCUGCAUGUGGCCAACACACGUCAGGAACCUGUGCAACCCCUGCUGUCCAAGCAGCCACUCUUCAGCCCCGGGACUCGCCGCACAGUGCUCACUUCUAGCCGUCGAGCCCUGCCUGGCCCUGGCCGACGGCCCCAACUGGACCUGGACAUCCUUAGCAGCCUCAUCGACUUGUGUGAUAGUCCUGUGUCUCCUGCCGAGGCCAGCCGUACCACUGGACGGGCAGAGGGAGCUCUCCAGGCCUCCCCAGCCACCCCUCCACGCCCACCGCCCAGUACAACUGCAGUCCGCCGAGUGGAUGUCCGUCCCCUACCGGCCUCACCUGCCCAGCCCUGCCCAUCACCAGGCAUUGCUACCGCCUCCAGUCCUGCCCGGCCCUCUGGUUUGCAACGCUCCAAGUCGGACCUGAGUGAGCGUUUCUCACGGGCAGCGGCUGACUUGGAGCGAUUUUUUAACUUCUGUGGCCUGGACCCAGAGGAGGCACGGGGCUUGGGUGUGGCCCACCUGGCACGGGCCAGCUCAGACAUCGUGUCCCUGGCAGGGCCCAGUGCUGGGCCAGGCAGCUCCGAGGGGGAAUGUUCCCGUCGCAGCUCUGCCACUGUUGAGGAGCGGGCCCGGGAGCGCAUCCCCUAUGGUGUGUCCGUGGUGGAGCGCAACGCCCGUGUGAUCAAGUGGCUGUAUGGGUUGCGGCAAGCACGGGAGACCCCAGCGGCUGAGGGCUAGUCCUUCACUGGACUCAGCACUCUUCACAGGACAGAUCUCAGAGAGGCAACUGGCCCCUAGGCCCUUCCUGCAUCCAUUCCCUGGUUUGGGGUAGACUAGAGGCUACUGCCUGUGUGAAUUUGGUAUGGAGGCAAAGCCUCAGAGGCUGGACCAGGAUGGAUCUGGCAAGGACUGACCUUGGAGAGAGUUGCCUCUUGACCUUGAACCACUCCCUACUCCUCAUAUGUAGGGGUUUUUCAGCAUGACUGUACCUCUGCUUGGUUCCUCUCAUGGGUUUGGGUAUUUGGCCCUCCCCACUGAGAAUGAAGGGCCAAGGAUCUCACCAGGUCUGUCUACCCAGUAGUUCUAUUUCUUUCUUCCUUCUUUGGCCUCUGUCCUUUGCUGACUUCCUCUUCCUUACCCAGUGGGCCCUAGUUCCCUGGGAACUCACCUUGGGGUGGGGAAAGGGAAGAGUGGUCUAUGCACUGUUCUUCCCAGGUCUUGACAGCCUGGCCUAGGUGGGUAGACUACUGGAGGGACUGGUAGGAGUUUGCACUGCUCUCUCUGACUUACCUCCCUUUGAUUAAUAAACACAAAUGCUUGUUUUUCAAGG